AUGUCAGUUCACGGAAGUCCAAAUAUGAAAACUGAACCAUCAAGUCCUACGGAAAAUUCCAACAGGUUUCCUUAUUCUCGAUGUAGUAGCACUGGAUCUGUGAAUACCCCUUCGUCAGCUCCAAAUUCUGACGAAGAUGACAGUGACAAUAAAAAUUCUCCAUUGAGUUAUAAGGAAAGGCGAAGGGAAGCACAUACCCAAGCCGAACAAAGGCGUAGAGAUGCCAUUAAAAAAGGCUAUGAUACGUUACAAGAAUUGGUCCCUACUUGUCAACAAACUGAUAAUUCUGGUUAUAAAUUAAGUAAAGCGAUUGUUCUUCAACGGUCCAUUGAUUACAUUCAGUUUCUUCAUCAGCAAAAAAAGAAACAAGAUGAAGAAAGAACUGCUUUAAGAAAAGAAGCCAUUGCUUUAAAAAUAAUGCAGGGAAACAUUGAACAGAUAGUUAAAGCUCAACAAGCCACACCUGAUUCUUUAGAUAAUAGAAUUUCAGAUGAAGCUAAAUUUAAAGUGUUUCAGGCCAUUAUGGAUCAAUUAUUUGAAUCAUUCAGUUCAUCAGUGUCAGUUAGUAGUUUUUCAGAGUUAUCCGGAUGUAUAUUUAGCUGGUUGGAAGAGCAUUGCAAGCCACAAACUCUUCAUAACCUUGUAGUAAAUGUUUUAAAUCAAUGUCACGAAUCAGGAAAUUAG